AUGGCAGACUCUGCCAAGGCGCAGUGGAGUACAUCUGGACGUGGAGAUUUGGCCAUCAUGAAAAAGCUGGGAGCCAAUGCGGUACGGCUUUACGGCAAUGAUCCUCGAGAGGAUCACAAACCAUUCCUGGAUGAAGCCCACAGUCAGGGAUUACAGGUAAUACCUGGGAUGAGCGACUACCCAUACACGCAGAUGCCGAAAAACUGCAUCACGACGGAAUACAACUGCUAUUCGCAGAUCAAAGAGCAGUACAAGAGUAAUCUGGAGAAUGGCUUCCUCGACAAAGCCGGUUCGUAUCAUCCCGCCCUAAAGACUAUCAUAGUGAUCAACGAACCGGACCUGAAGAUUCCAGGGGAGUCGCAGCCCAAAAAGUUCAGCAGGGCGAUCAUAAGCGCUAUCGACGGCAUGCUGGAUGCUGAGAAGGAGGCUGGCGCCAGUGCGAACUUCCCCAACUUCACGGCCACCUUUUCCUUCGGAGUCUGCACGGCUUGUCCGGGAUCGAAGUCGAAGCCCUCACUCGGACAAAUGCUGGAGCUGCGACGUGCCAUGGAGAAGCCGGAGGACUAUGGUUACACACCGAAGAACGAUCUGGCCAAGAUUUACAGAUCACGGUUCACGAACAGCUUCAACACUAACAACCCCGCGACCGACAUGAAGCCACUUUUCCUCGAUGACUAUGAGGCACUGUUUGCCACGACUCCCGUCUUUAUCGGUGAGUAUCAUGCACCGCACGUUCCAGUUGGCCAGGACCUCCAGAAAAUCUUGUCCAUCGCAGAAAGCUCGAGCUUGGCUCCUGGGAUGCAUCGGGAGCAGUUUCUCACAAAUCCUUCUAUCCCUUUCGCUUUCGUUGCUUGUGGGCUCAGACUGUAG